AUGGGCCUUCCCAAGAGAGGAGCCCAUAAGGCCAGUCCACACCAAGCUGGAUUGCCGUUUUCACAUACGCUAUCCGCCAGAAAACUCGUGGCUUUCGGUUUGGGGUCAACCCCAGUAGUUGUAACCUCACACGCUCACGUGGCACGUGAAAUCUUGAACUCACCCCAUUUCUCUGACCGACCCGUUAAACAGUCCGCUAAGAGCCUCAUGUUCAACCGCGCCAUUGGGUUUGCGCCAAACGGUGCGUAUUGCCGCUUGCUGCGGAGGGUUGCCUCAACCACCUAUUCUCCAGCGGCGCAUUCUAGCCCACGAGCCUGGUCGCUUGCUAGACUGCGCCUCCAUGUUGCGUGCUAUAGCUCACGAGCAUUCCAGAAUCGGGUUCGUGUGCCUAAGAAAACACCUCCAAGAUGCAGCGCUGAUUGA